ACCAUUCAGUCCCAGGAGCGGCCGGGCAAUCCCUCCUCCUCUGUUCCUGUUACAGACCCGACAGCAUCUUCUAGUAACGUCAAUACACGCUCAGCCGGUGGCCGCGAGCGAGGAGGGAGUGUACAAUUGUCUGUGAACAGUGCCUCGUCAUCCACCAAUCCCUCAAUCCCAACGCCAGACCCGACACCUCCUGAUCGACCACGCGACAGCGACAAUACCUACGAGCUCUCCGACUACAAAGAGAUUGCAGAGCGCAAGGCUACUGAAGACCUCGAGCGUCGACGCCAAGAGAAGCGGACGUUGAAGCGAGAGUGGCUAGAAACACGGGACGAGAUGAAGUUCUCUCAUAGCAUUCAGUUCAACGCUGUUCCUGAUUGGAGCAGCCACUACAUUGCGUACAGCAAUCUCAAAAAGCUCAUAUACCAACUCGAAAAGACCGCAUAUCAAGCGAGAGCCGGCGAUGCUGAAUCACGACCCCUUAUAUCAACCGAGGAGCCAGAGGAAGUUUUUAGCAAAUCACUAGGCAUUGAGCUGGAAAAGAUAUGCUCCUUCUACUCUCUCAAGGAAGGAGAAUUGCUGGAAGAAGUGAGCCAGCUCCUACAUGAUGUGGGAGAGGGCCCUUCUCUGGAAACAUCCACUACCUUGCGCCCAACGCCAUCCGAUACCCACAGCACUCACGCUCGGCCUACCAGCCUGCAUAGCCGUGGCUCCGACGACGAUGACAGCGCUACCGACGAUGACGAAACCACCGGUCUCACGAGACGCAAAAGCGGCAGUAGAUAUGGCCGGAGAAAGACUGCGUCCAGUAUCCCAGACAUGGCUGCAUCUUCAGACUUUGGUCGAUCCAGGAGAUACAGCACCACCAUAGAUGACUAUGGCGAUCAAUCUUUUCUCUUCGGCUCGACGCUGUACUCGUCCGCUAUUAUGCUGAAGAAGCGCAUAGUAGCCCUCUAUGUGCAGCUUUGCGAGCUCAAGUCAUACGCACAGCUUAACAAGACCGGCUUUAGCAAGGUUCUCAAGAAAUUCGACAAGAUUCUCGAUAAAGAGCUGCGAUCAUCCUACAUCAGCACCUAUGUCGAUACGGCAUACCCCUUCAAGCCGGAGACUAAGAAGCUGCUCGAAGAAAACAUUGCCAAGAUGGAAGCCGCUUACGCUGAUGUCGUAACCGCUGGCGAUCUGGAGCUUGCUAGAAAGGACCUGCGUUCUCACCUCCGAGAGCACGUUGUUUGGGAGCGAAACACUGUAUGGAGAGAUCUGAUUGGUAUCGAGCGGCGAGGAGAGGCUGCCAGAAUUGGCCAAACCUUGCUGGGACAGGAUUCGGGGAUCACACCCAAGAGACUACAAGGUGAUGAUGAGAUUGGACCAGCAGAAACACAGAUCAAAACGCCCAUUGGCAGAAUCGUUCUGCCCUCGUGGCUGUCCAACAGCUCUGUGCUCACUUUGUUCAUAUCUGUUCUGGCAUUUUUCCUGCUGCUGUUUAUUCCCAUUUUGCAGAACCCUGAGCAGCAGAAUUGCCUGGCACUUCUUGUUUUUGUCAGUCUUCUGUGGGCUACUGAGACUAUCCCCUUGUUCGUUACGUCUCUUCUCAUCCCCUUCUUGGCCGUCGUUCUCAGAGUGGUUCGUGAAGAAGACCCUAGCAAGCCUCAAAAGCGUCUCUCUUCCAAGGAAGCCACGUCGGCCAUCUUCUCUGCCAUGUGGUCACCUGUUAUCAUGCUCCUCCUUGGUGGCUUUACCCUCGCUGCUGCUCUGUCCAAAUGCAAGAUUGAUAAGCGCCUUGCGACGCUCAUCUUGAGCAAAGCCGGCACUCAGCCCAGAACUGUGUUGAUUGCAAACAUGUUUGUCGCUGCCUUUGCGUCUAUGCUCAUCAGCAACGUGGCUGCUCCCGUUCUCUGCUUCUCCAUCAUUGAGCCUAUGCUGCGAACUCUGCCUUCAGACUCGAACAUGUCCAAGGCUGUCAUCAUUGGUAUUGCCCUUGCUUCAAAUAUUGGUGGCAUGCUGUCACCAAUUGCAUCGCCUCAAAACGUCGUAGCCAUGGGAAUAAUGAAGCCAGAGCCUACCUGGCUGCAGUGGUUCUUCAUUGUCAUUCCCGUUGGCAUCGUCUCUCUUGUCCUGAUUUGGUUACUUCUGCUGGUCACGUUUCAGCCUGGCAAGGGAACAAGUAUCGCACCCAUCCGUCCUCUUAAGGAGAAAUUUAGCGGUGGUCAGUGGUUUGUAGCAAUCGUUACCAUCAUCACCAUCGUUUUGUGGUGUACCAGCCAUACCCUGGAGUCUAUAUUUGGAGACAUGGGUGUUGUAGCCAUCAUUCCUAUUGUGCUCUUCUUUGGCAUCGGCAUCUUGACAAAAGAGGAUUUCAACAACUUUCCCUGGACAAUCAUCAUCCUGGCUGCGGGCGGUUUGUCGCUCGGUAAGGCUGUCCGAUCUUCAGGCCUGCUCCAUACCCUUGCCGAGAUUGUCUCACGCGAGGUCGAGGGCAUGAGCUUAUACGGUGUUUUGGCUGUGUUCUCCUCUUUGAUUCUCGUCAUCGCCACCUUCAUCAGCCACACGGUAGCAGCACUCAUCUUCCUGCCUCUGGUGUACGAUGUGGGUGUGGCCAUGGACCAGCCUCACCCCAACCUUCUUGUUAUGGGUGGCGUUCUAAUGUGCAGCGCUGCGAUGGGUCUGCCUACCAGCGGUUUCCCCAAUAUGACUGCCAUUAUGAAAGAGGACGCUACCGGUCAACGCUACCUGAGCGUGAAACACUUUAUCAGCAGAGGUGUUCCAAGCAGUUUGCUUACCUUGGUCGUCGUAGUAACACUUGGAUAUGGUAUUAUGGAAGUGGCAGGUUUGGACUGAGUUGGUAGCUCGCUGAGAGAUCUAUGAUAUGUAUGUUUGAUGGGCGAAUGGAGCAUAUAGAAGUUGGAUUUUGUAUGGGUGGUAUAAGGGGCAUAUGUGGCUUGAAUUUGUAAAGCAUUGCGAGAGAAUCAUCUGUCUAUAAUGAAAUUUCGAUCUUAUUUUUCAGAAUUCAUUUUUCAG